CUCAGUUACCGUCUAUCUUCCGCCUGCCAGACCAGCGAACACAGUGGAAAUCGCUCUUUGGGUUCCCCCACACAAAAACCACUUCUGGCUGUCAACGCGGGCAGAGCCGCCGCUGCUGUGAGAGUCGUUUUUUUUCCUCUUCUCAGAUUGUCCUGUAACCAGCUUUCCAAAUGAGUGACGGGGAGUGUGACUUCUUCUGUUUCUUCCGCUGCUGCUGAGCGCGGACUCUACGCGCCUCAGACAGGAAGGCAGGGUGUCUCUGAACAGUGACACAAGCAGGUGGAAAGGGGCGUGCGGGGACACGAGGAGGUGGAGCUUCAAACGAGCCAUUUCAGCUAAUCGGACCACUCGGAUCCGACAGGUAGGCCGGCCGUCUACCUGUCCGGGUGAUUGAUUCAAUCGAUUGAUGUCAGUGGACAUGAACAGCCAGGCGUCGGACAGUAAUGAGGAAGACUUCGGGGUGAACUCUGAAGAAGAGGAGGAUGAUGACGAUGGAGGUGAAGAGGAGGAUCAGGGUGACAUUGCAGCCUACUAUGAGGGCGUGGCCAGCGAUGUGGAGCAACAGGGCGCUGACUCCUUCGACCCAGAGGAGUACCAGUUCACCUGUCUGACCUACAAAGAAAGUCAGAGGGUGCUGAUAGAGGAGGUUAACACUGUGGCUGCUGCACUGAAGGUUUUACCAGCGGUAGCAAAGCUGAUCCUGGUGCAUUUUCACUGGCAGGUUACACAGAUACUGGACAGAUACAAGUCCAACUCAUCUCUGCUGUUGUCAGACGCUCUGGUCCAGCCCAGCAGCACCUGCAGAUCAGUCACUGCCCCUCAGUCCCUCCAGUGUGGUGUGUGUCUACAGGUCGUCCGGAGAGACUCCCUGCUGGCGCUGCCCUGCCAGCACUCCUUCUGCAAAGCAUGCUGGGAGCAGCACUGCACUGUUCUGGUCAAAGAUGGCAUGGGAGUGGGUAUCUCCUGUAUGGCUCAGGACUGUUCCCUGCAGAUGCCAGAAGACUUUGUCCUGCCGCUGCUGCCAGUGGAGGAGCUAAAGGACAAAUACAGACGCUACCUCUUCAGAGACUACGUCGAGAGUCACUUCCAAUUACAGUUGUGUCCAGGUGCAGACUGUCCAAUCGUCAUCAAGGUGCAGGAGCCCCGGGCACGCAGGGUGCAGUGUAGCCGCUGCAGUGAAGUCUUCUGUUUUAAAUGCCGUCAGAUGUACCACGCGCCCACAGACUGUGCAACGAUCCGGAAAUGGCUGACCAAAUGUGCAGAUGACUCGGAGACGGCUAACUACAUCAGCGCACACACUAAAGAUUGUCCUAAGUGCAAUAUCUGCAUUGAGAAGAACGGAGGGUGCAAUCACAUGCAAUGCUCCAAGUGUAAACACGACUUCUGCUGGAUGUGUCUUGGUGACUGGAAGACUCACGGCAGUGAAUACUACGAGUGCAGCCGCUAUAAAGAAAACCCUGAUAUAGUCAACCAGAGCCAGCAGGCUCAGGCCAGAGAGGCCCUCAAGAAAUACCUCUUCUACUUUGAGAGGUGGGAGAAUCACAACAAGUCUCUGCAGUUGGAGGCUCAGACGUACCAGAGGAUCCAGGAGAAGAUCCAGGAGAGAGUGAUGAACAACCUGGGAACCUGGAUCGACUGGCAGUACCUGCAUAACGCUGCAAAGCUUCUGGCGAAGUGUCGCUACACGCUGCAGUAUACAUACCCUUACGCCUAUUACAUGGAGUCCGGCCCACGCAAGAAACUGUUUGAGUACCAGCAGGCCCAGCUGGAGGCAGAGAUUGAAAACCUGUCGUGGAAGGUGGAGCGGGCCGACAGCUACGAGAGAGGGGUUGUAGGAGGCGAGGGGGAGCUCAGCGCCAGUGACAGAGGGGAUCUGGAGAAUCAGAUGCACAUUGCUGAGCAGAGGCGACGCACGCUGCUGAAGGAUUUCCACGACACCUGAAGCUCCAUCGCAACUGCAAAGCACCAGCAUCUCCCUCCUAACUUCCUUCCUUUCUUCCUUUCCUCCUCCCUUUUGCUUCCUUCCAUGACCAUCCCUCGGUGCAGUCAUAUUGACCCCUACUUUUUGCUUCUCUUGGCUCACUCAUUUGCUUCUUCCUUUCUGUCUCCCUCUCCUCUUACUCCCAUAAUGCUGCAGGGUCACAGAAUGGCACGAUUGUAUUGCCCUUUCCUCUUCUCACUCUCAUCCUCAUGUACAUGUUUUGGCUUCAGAGCAUCACAUUUACGGGUUACACCUGUUGCAGCUUUUCACAUCUGGUCAUAAAGAUGAAAUUUUGAGGUCUUGUCACACGUCUGGAAAAAGUGGAUAUUCUUUUGUUCCACGUUAAGCAUUUAGACAUUGAAUUCCACUGGGCACGGCUACAUCAGGCUUUGCUGGAGCUAAUCAAGGCCGUUCUAGUCAAUAAUCCCACCAGAGUCCCACAGUGUGUUUCAGAAUCGUCCCAGACGUGACCCUUUGCUCGAACUAAAAUACACGCUUGGCCUAGUCUGUUAUUGACUGAAGCUGGAAAGAGCAGAUCGAGAAGGAAGGCAGACACAGGAAUGGCAUAGAACAUCUGGUCAAUUUUCUAAAGUAGAACACCCUGUACAGACUCCUGAUCGUGAAACCAGACCCUUAAAAAAAAAAACCAUAUAACUAUCUAGCCUUUCCGUGGUAGAAGCACAAAAAUGAAUGAAAAAUGACCAAAUCAACAAAAUCUGAGCAAAUCGACACAGUGGGGCACGCAAAAGGCUCCGCUGCUGAAAUGCUCCUUUUUGGGGAUGAAUGCUUGGAUGGAACAAACCCAUCAGUGAGCCAUGCCCAGUGGAAUCAAGCUGUCAUAGACAGGGCUGUUUUUCUCCCAACAGUAUCCCUGUGGUGCUGGAAUGAUCAUUAGACAGAAAAGUAAAACUGAAGGAUGGAGAAGCUUUUAGUGGAGGACCAGUGUGUAGGAUUUAUUGGCAUCUACUGGUGAGGUUGAAGAUUGCAGCCAACUGAAUACCCCUCACCUUAGGAGAACCUGCAGUGGCUGCAAAACUUGUGAAAAUGUGAAAGGCCCUCUCUAGAGCUAGUGCUUGGUUUGUUGGAACAUGGUGGAGCAACAUGGCAGGCUCCAUGGAAGAGGACCCGCUCCCUCUGUAGACAUAAAGAGCUCAUUCUCAAGGUAACAAAAACACAAUGAUUCAGAUUUUUUGGUGAUUAUACACUGAUGAAAACCUAUAGAUGAAUAUUGUUCCAUUUCUGCCAAUAGAUCCCCCUCAGCCUUACACACUGGUCCUUUACGCAGAUAAGGAAGAUGUAGGAGAUGGAAUACAUUUUCUUUCAGGAGACUGAUUGACUGACUGUGCUGAUAGUGGCUCCGUACUUGGUGGUUUUACAUGGAUCAUAAUGACUAGUGGACUGUUGUUGGCAGUUGUACCUGCAGCACUUAACUGUUGCCUGUAGCCUGAAAACAUGUCACGUUGAUAUUCUGAACUUUCCACACAUUUAAAUUUCAGCUACCUCUCCAAGGCUGCAAAAGGUUAGCUGAAAUAAGUGAAUGAGAAACUGAUUGUAGCAAAGAUGAUGGAGUAGGUCUGGAAGGUUUUGUGGAAGAAGCUGUUUUUUGCCGACUCGUGAAGGGCGAGACUUCUAGAGCAACCAGGGUAGAUGCAACUUGACGUGCUAAUGAUCAAUUCUCAGUGGCAGAUUUUAGACACCUUUUGUUGUAAACGUGCUUCUUUUGAUAUUAUGCCAUAAACAUGUAUAUGGUUUGUUUACUCUGGAAAAAUGGUGACCUCACAGUCCCACAUACUCCUGAAAAUACUUUCAAUAUUUUGCUACGUAUGAUGCAUGUUCAUGUACCCACAUGACUAAAGAUGAAUGUGUGUUUAGAUGACAACUUUUUUAGAUUUUGUUGCCAGCGUUUCACAAACACACCUUCUCCCUUUGUUUGUGUUAGUACCAAACCCGACCUGCUGCAGCCACUACUGCCAGUAAAUAGUUGUUAGUCAUUAUGGUCCAAGUAAAACUACUGAAUUACAUGGUCCCAUUCUUGUCUCUUUACAUCGUUAUACUUUGAUUGUUCAGCUAAUGUAGAUCCAGGCUAGCGUGAGCCAGACCUUCUCCAUAAAAGUCGAACAUUUGCAUCUCCACUGAUCAGAUGGUGAGGUUGUUUUGAAGCAGCAAGAGUAAUCUCAGUCAUUCACGCACACUACAGCACCACCCAUCGACAAAGCAUUUGCACGCAGAUAGCAUUCACACAUUGACACACUCAUGGUCAAACACUCCGCUGCAGAAAAUAAACGUUAACCGUUGAUUUGUCUCCUUCCAGCAUCUCGUGCUCUCUUCUCUUUCUUUGCAUUCAUCCCCUCGCUUUUUUUUGCUCUUUAUUUUCUCUUUUCUUCCUGCUCACCUUGUUCACUUUUCUUCUGGAAAAUGGCUGUUGAUAGAUAGAUCAUUUAAAAAAAAAAAAGAAAAAAAUACAAAAAUACAAAAAAAUUGUUGUAAUUUUCAACG